GCGCCGAGCCCAUGGCGGCGGCGGCGGCCCUGUCGGGCCUGGCGGUGCUCCUGUCGCGCUGGGCCGCGGCCCGCGGCUCGUACGGCGCCUUCUGCAAGGGGCUCACGCGCACGCUGCUCACCUUCUUCGACCUGGCCUGGCGGCUGCGCAUGAACUUCCCCUACUUCUACGUCGUGGCCUCGGUGAUGUUCAACGUCCGCCUGCAGGUGCGGAUCGAGUGA